AACGCUAAACAGCCAUUAACCCAUUAAGAAAAGGAGUGGAGAGUAAAGAAGAUCAAUAUUCCAGAACCACGGGGAAAGGAAAAGAACAGCCAUGGGAAACUCUCAGUCACCGCCCGCGGCCGCCGAUCGUCGCUAUGCUUCAGCCACUAGAGCUUUCACCCAUACCGAAUUGGACCACUUAAAGUCGCUGUUCGCUUCUCUAGCUGCGAAAUCCAGCAGCAACGGCGAUCACAUCUCCCCUUCGGUUUUCCAGGAAUAUUUUGGGUUGAAGGGUGCUCUUGGCCAGAAGCUGCUCGAUUUAAUUACCCAACCACGGAAAGAUGGCAGAAUCAAGUUCGAAGACCUCGUUAUUGCCAAGAGUGUUUACGAGAAGGGUAGUAAAGAUGAAAUUGAAGAGUUCAUCUAUCAGUUGCUCGACGUAAAUGGAGAUGGAGUUGUCGAUAGGUCGGAUCUAGAAUCUGCUCUGGUUGCAGUUCUGCACAGUAUUUUUGGUACAGAAGGUUCUGAACAUGGUCAGGAGACUGUCAAUGCCUUUCUCGAUGCUGCAACUUUCUCUAAGGAAGCGAAUGGUGAUUCCGGAAAGGCCAUGUCUCUUGCGGAUUUUAGAAGUUGGUCUGCUCUCGUUCCAUCAAUCAGGAAGUUCCUUGGGAGCUUACUGAUACCGCCUGAUGCUGGAAGGCCUGGUUCUCAAGUUCCUGAACUAAUAUUCGGAGAAGAGGUCAAUUCCAAUAUGAUCUUACUAAGGAAAGAAUAUGCGUGGCAUAUAGGAGGGGCACUUCCACAGCACGAGCUGGAAGAGUGGAGACUUCUGUACCACAGUACUGUGAACGGUCUAAGUUACAACACUUUUGUCAGCAGCAUCUCGAAUGGCGAGGGACCAACUGUAUUAGUUAUGAAGGAUAAAGAAGGGUACAUCUAUGGGGGAUACGCCUCUCAACCGUGGGAGAGGCAUGGCGACUUUUAUGGCGAUAUGAAGUCGUUCCUGUUCCAGCUCCAUCCCAAGGCUUCGCUGUUCAAGCCAACUGGAGCAAACACGAAUGUUCAAUGGUGUGCGGUGAACUUCAGCUCAGAGAGCAUCCCAAAUGGGAUUGGUUUUGGUGGAAAGGUGAAUCACUUGGGGCUCUUCUUGUCGGCAAACUUCGAUUCAGGGCAUACCUUCAGCUGCACAACAUUCGGCAGCCCAUGCCUUUCCAAGACCAGUCGGAUUGUCCCAGAAGUAGUCGAAUGCUGGGGAGUUGUUCAGAGUAAAGGAGAGCAGGAAAAGAAAGAUGGUCCAAGAGGUACUGUGCUGGAGAGGUUUAAAGAGGAUCGCCACAUGCUCAACAUGGUUGGAAUUGCUAAUUCGAGCAACUAAGAACCCAACUAGCAACCAGCACCAAAUGCUACUGGAGAGAGGGGACAUAUUUCAAGACAACAACAGCAGCAGCUCCAAAUGCACUACUGCCUGGCAGUUUGACACUACAAGACACUGCUGCCUCGAUCAUGGAUUGUGGCGGGUGUGUUUAAUUUUAAGGAGUUGCGUUUUUCGACAUGGAAACGAGUUUUGUAAUUACACCAAUCACGGCAACUGAUGUCAAUACUCGAUAGAUUACCAUUUUGCAUCGAGCGAGGACAACCCAUCUAUAACCUGGUCUGCAUUUGCAGUGUGUUAUCAGCAGAAUCCUAAGAGCAAACACAUCGGACUACGGAUUCUUCACUGCACAGCCACAUAUUCCACUUUAAUUUGACGCCCUAAUUCAAAGCAUCGACUGAUAUCAGGUAAUGCAUUAGCAACCGCAAACUGAUCUCUAGGCUCUAGCCAUAAAUUCAUACAAAAUGCCAAACCUUGGGAAAUUUAAGCAUAAACCAUUGAAACGUAAAAGACAAGGACACCCUUUCCCUCUCCAAUUCAUCCAAAAACCUAUCAGUAUGGCCAAUCGAAACAGCAGUUCUAGAACAACACUCAACUAAUUAAGAAAUCUAGAGCACAAAAUAAAAUAACAAAAAGCAACUGCUCCUUCACUAUAUCAUUAAGAAUCUUCAGUACCUCCCACGGCCGCCGCCGCCGCCUCUUCCAAACCCGAACCCGGCAGUGGAAGCUGCGACAGGAUCGAUGGUUUCAAGGCCCUGCAUAUCACCCAUCCCAAGAGCAUCAAUCAUAUCUCUGGUCUCCUUAUCGAUCUUAAUAGCCUCGACGUUGAUGGCAGACUGCUCGGGGACGAAGUCCAUGCGGCGCUCGCGCUCUUCCUCCUGGAGUUUGAGUGAGAUCCCGCGGACGGGGCCCUUCUGGAUCCGCUUCAUGAGGUGGGUGGAGAAUCCGGCGAUCUUGUUGCGGAGGCGCUUGGAAGGGAUGAUUGCGACUUCCUCCAGGAUCUUCUUGUUGGUGUGGAAAUCGAGCGUCAUUUUGGAGUAGUAGCGCUCGAUGACCUGGCGAGAGGAUUUCUUCACCGUUUUAGUUCGGACGCGACCCAUGGCUGCUGCUUUCUGCUGGUGCUGUCUCCUCUCCGGCGCCGGGGACUGGAAACCGGUUAGCCGCCGAGUUUGUGCGCGGAGAAGACGAGACGGAGCGAAGGCCGAGGAGUACGAAAUUAGGGCUUCGCGGGAGUUUAUAUUAUUAGGGUUGAAGUGGGUUCUGUUCAAGAUGGGCCUUCGCCCUGCCUUAUAUUCAUUUGUGGGCUUAUACGCAAGGGUUUGGUCAUUUCGUGUUUGUUACUUACUAGGCCCGGGAAAUUUUCCAUCUUUGUCCUACCGCCGGCGAAGGAUUAAUAAUCAACUGUGUGGUCU